CGCAUAGCGAGCGAGCGAGCGAGCCAAUAGCUGAUCCUGCAACAACAGGCACAGCGAGAUGCAGCGCAGAACAGCGGGAGGGGUCAGUAGGGAUACAGGCGCGAGAUCACCGCCAAUCUUGCAGCACCCGAGACCGACCUUACCUGCAUCAGCCUACGCCAUACAGAAUCCAGCAUCACCGCCUCUCUCGGUCACAUCCUCUCCGCCAAAGAGCAGCAGGCCUAGUCAUGAGAUUGCGGGGAAUGCAAGCACUGGCUUUGGCUCCGCUAGCCAUGCAGGACAAGAAUAUAUGAGAUUCAGCUCACCGCCUGUGUCGACACCUGUCUCGCUCAAUCCUGCUGCUGCGGCCGUCGACCCAUAUGCUACAUAUGCAGCAGCUGCGAACCAGCAUGCCGGUCCCUCCUCCUUUGGCUCGGCGGGUCAGCAAUCGCAACAGCAAUCUCAGCAAUGGCGUCCGCCAAAUGGCGCUCAGUCGGCUCAACAGACCGGAGGGCCACAGCAGCAAUGGAACAACAUGAUGGGUGUCAAUGAUGUGACUGCUCAGAUGGGCAUGCAAUUUGGUAAAUCUGCCGUCAUGGCAGGUCAGGACUAUAUGGAGCGAAAUGUGACUCGCUACAUUCCUGUUGCGCAUCUGCACCACUCGUUCAACGUGUCCAAUCUGUACGUUCUGCACAAGAUCCGACUUGUGCUCUUCCCUUGGCGUCAUAAACCCUGGUCGAGGCUUGUGAAAAGAUCGGAGGCAUCUGGUCAGGCUGAAGGCUAUCGGCCACCCCGGGAAGACGUGAACUCGCCGGAUCUAUACGUACCAGUAAUGGCGCUCGUGACAUACAUUCUGCUCUCUGGCGUCGUAGCUGGCAGCGAGAGCCGAUUUCAUCCUGAGCUACUGGGCGUGACUGCAUCGAAAUCAUUGGGCAUCGUGUUCCUAGAGUUCUUGGUCAUCAAGCUAGGUUGCUACCUGCUCAACAUCGGCGGAGAGGGGACGGUUGUCGACUUGCUGGCAUACAGUGGCUACAAAUUCGUCGGCAUCAUCAUCACGCUACUGGCAGGCCUUGUCAAGCUAAGAGGCUGGAUGUAUUGGUCCAUCUUCAUCUACGUCUUCAGCGCCAAUGCCUUCUUCCUCCUACGCUCACUACGCUAUGUCGUCUUGCCCGAUCCUUCGCUAGCAGCAACGUUUGGUGGCGCGACGACGACGAGUACAGUGGGGCAUGCACAACGAAGCAGGAGGAUACAAUUCCUCUUUGGCAUCGCAGUCUCACAAAUCGCGACAAUGUGGCUACUCGUUCGAGUUUGAUUGCAAGCUAUUCGUUCGAAUCUGCA